CGUGGUUUAUUUACACAGACAGUCGUGACUUGUGACAGAGAAGCAGCUAUUUGAGAAUUAAGAAAGGCAAAGUCAAUACUGUUGAAUGAGUGUGACCAGAUCUGCCUGUAGGACCAUAAUGAAGGCAAUACGUGUAGCACAGUUUGGUGGAGCAGAGGUGAUGAAGGUUGAGGCUAACCUUACCGUACCAAAACCCUCCGAGAAACAGAUCCUUAUAAAAGUCAGUGCUGCAGGUGUAAAUCCUGUUGAUACUUACAUACGAUCUGGUAACUAUGCGAAGUUACCAGCCUUACCCUACACACCAGGAUCUGAUGUUGGGGGUGUUGUGGAAGACAUCGGGUCAGAGGUCUCCCAGUUUAAGAAAGGUGACCAUGUAUUCACUGUCAGGACAGACACUGGAGGCUAUGGUGAAUACACCCUGGCUGAUUCUAGCCUGGUCGGUGUGCUGGAUGACAAGUUGUCGUUAGAUCAGGGGGCAGCCAUCGGUGUGCCUUACUUCACUGCCUACAGAGCUGUUGUCGUACUUGGGAAAGCCCAAAAAGGGGAGACAAUUCUCGUUCAUGGAGCAAGUGGUGCAGUGGGACUAGCAUGCGUACAAAUAGCUAAGGCAAAAGGCCUGCGUGUCAUAGGAACAGCGGGGACUCAGGAGGGCCUAGACAUCGUCACUUCCAUUGGUGCAGAUGCUGCUGUGAAUCACAGGGGAGACAACUACACACAAUCCAUCACUGAAGCAUGUGGUGGUUCCGGCCCAAAUCUUAUCAUUGAAAUGUUGGCAAAUGUUAAUUUGGAAAAAGACCUUCAGAUGGCAGCUCCGAGAGGACGCGUUUUGAUUGUCGGUAGUAGAGGAACUGUCGAGGUAACCCCCAGACUAACUAUGGGCAAGGAACUGACCGUUCAGGGAGUCAUGCUCAUGGGAUCAACAGCCGAAGAAUGGGAACAGAUGCAUGCUGGGAUCCGAGAAGGAAUGUCGGCAGGUUGGCUCAAGCCCCACAUAGGCCACACCUAUACGUUAGAGCAAGCUCCGCAAGCUCACAAUGACAUCAUCAACACUAAGGGGGCAACGGGGAAACUGAUCUUAAAAAUAUAGGUGAACUUGAUCGUGUUGUAUAUAAAAUAUAUUUGGUGCAAUGGAAUACUAUCUACAUUUUGUAUAAGGGAAAGACUCAUAGAACUAGGAGGUUAUUGCAGCAGCAACAGAUCAUGCAUUGUAAUGUUAAUUUUCUAGUCCCAUUUACUUCAAUGUACCCAGCCUAGUUUUCCUUAAUUAUGUCUAUAUACAUUUGAAAAAUGAGUAAUCUGUUUUGUCAAAAAACAAUGCUUUUAUUGCAAUUGGAGUUCAACAUAAUCAGGAAAUCUUGUUUAAAAUAAAUGAGUUUUAAUUUCUAAAAAGAAAAUAAUCUGAAUGGUCCACCUGUGCUGCAUGUUGAGCGAUGAGAUUGCAGCUUCAUCGAUGUGGUCCUUUCUGGCGGUCACGGUGGGUUUUGCUUCACCAUAAAAAAUACUUGAUAAGGUGAGCCCUAGCAGCCAUCAGUGAGGUAUGUUGACCAACUGAGCUUUACUUAACCUGAUGUCAUCCUAAAUAAGUAUUGGGUAACUUCAUGAUCCCAAGUAGAGCUCUGGUGGUCAUGCAAGAUAAGCUUCACUUGACAGUGUACCAAGAUAAGCCUUGAUUAGUAUUUGGUUACUGGGUGAGCCUGAGUAAGGCAACGAUGAACUCUGAUGGCCAUGGUGUGCUUUACUAGACCACGGUAAACCUUGUCAAGUAUUGGCUUACUCUGUGAGCCUUAAUCGACCCUGGUGAGUCCAAUGAUUUGUUAUAUUCAGAUAUUAUAAUCACAAAAAUGAUACCCAUUGAUCAUGUUGUCGUUUUUUCUUUCAUUGGUUCUUUUAUAAACUUAUCAAGUAACACUUGUUUGGUUUGAAUCCUGUCAUGUUUUGCAAUCUGAAUACAUGGAUAUCUGAAAAGGAAUUCAAAUGUAUAGUGCUCAAUACUAAAAAGUAAUCAGAAUUUAUUUGAAUAACUUUCUUGCCAAUUGACUGUACCUUAUGGAAGAUAUUGAAUACAUGUAUCAAUGUGUUCACAGAACUACGUUAAAUGCAUUUAUUAUGGAGUACGCAUUCAUGUAAUUGAAAGGGUGCCCGACUUAUAACCAUUGCAUAUGAGGCAAUGAACGCCGACAGUACACUGACUUUAGUCAAUGAUACGGCACUUUAGCAAUAGCGGAGUACUGUAGACGAAAAGCCAGUAACUAACUAAAUGUAUUCAAUGUCCACCAUAUGGGUCCUAUGUACGUACUUAUUGUUUUAGAAUAUACUUUGAACAUUGUUGUUGCUAGUGCAUGAAUAAAUAAUGUAUUGCUAGUCAUUACAUCAAAUUACAUUUUAAUAUAUGUUAUUGUUAUUUAUGUCCUGGUUUUCUGUGCAUUUGUAAAUGCAAGUAAACCAGUUUUGUAAUGCCAUGUGAAAGAUGUACAUACCUACUGUAUUGUAUUAUUGGGGUUUUUUUUGGCCUAUACGAAUCUUUCCGUUUUUUUUAGAAGUGACAUACCAGUCUCAUAUGAUCGAACUCUUGUACACUUUAUAGUUUUGACAUUCACGUUUCUAUUAUGGAAAAUUUUGCCUUGGCCUAUAUACAUGCACAUGUACUAAGUGAACGAUAGCUCACACUCACUAUUUUGUUACAUAAACUCUGAAAGUCUUA